AUAACCCCUGAGUCAGAGAAUGACUUUGGGAGCUACAACUGCAGCGCCUCAAAUGAGAUGGGCACCGAGUCCAAAGAGUUCCUGCUCAUCCAGGCCGAGGUGCCAUCAGCUCCAUUCCUCAGCGAGGUCAGGCCCUUCUCCACCUCGGCACAGAUCGAGUUUGGGGAGCCCGAGUCCACCGGGGGGGUUUCUGUCCUGAAGUACAGGGCGGAGUGGAGGAUGCAGGGCCGAGGCACCUGGUUGCACCGCGCCUAUGCAGUCGAUGAUGGCUUCAGCGCUGAGGCCACUGUCACAGGUCUGAAGCCAGAGACCAGCUACGAGGUGAGGCUGUACGCCAUCAACGGAAAGGGGGAGGGGGAGAGCAGCCUCCCCAAGUUCUUCAAGACGAAGCCUGUCCGUAAGUUUCUCAGUUUACAGCACACUGUGGAGCCUUUAUCACACCCUCGUCCUCACAAACACAACACCUGAAGUCCUCUCUUCUAUGGAGAGGAAACUGCAUUUUUUUUAAAAACUUCCAUACGAACAAAUUCAAAACUUCAGUGCAUCACAACAAAAGGUGUUGACCUGUGGAAUAACAGUAAUGAUGAGCUGAAAUAUUGUACAAGUCUAUCUAAACUAAAACUAUUAUU